AUGGAAAAGACCAAAAAUAACUCAAUGGAGACCAAACUGACCGACUUCAUUCUCUUGGGAUUAUCUCACCCACCAAAUCUAAGGACUUUCCUCUUCCUGGUCUUCUUAGUCAUUUAUAUCUUGACACAACUGGGGAAUAUGCUCAUCCUGCUUACAGUAUGGACAGACCCCCAGCUCCAUAUUCGCCCCAUGUAUAUACUUCUGGGUGUCCUCUCCUUCCUAGACAUGUGGCUCUCUACAGUCAUUGUUCCACGGAUCAUGCUCAGCUUCACUCCUGCCAGUAAGACUAUUCAAUUUGGAGGCUGUAUAGCCCAACUCUAUUCUUUUCACUUUUUGGGAAGCACUCAGUGCUUUCUUUAUACCUUAAUGGCAUAUGACAGAUACCUGGCAAUAUGUCAACCUCUACACUACCCUGUGCUAAUGAAUGGACGUUUAUGCACAAUGCUUGUGGCUGGAGCAUGGGUGGCUGGCUCUAUCCAUGGUGCUAUCCAAGCCACCCUCACUUUCCAAUUGCCUUAUUGUGGUCCCAAUCAGGUAGAUUACUUCUUCUGUGACAUCCCUGCAGUACUGAGGUUGGCUUGUGCUGAUACCACUGUCAAUGAGCUGGUGACUUUUGUAGACAUUGGGGUGGUGGCUGCCAGCUGCUUCUUGCUGAUCCUGCUUUCUUAUGCAAAUAUUGUCUAUGCCAUCCUACAGAUCCGUACAGCAGAUGGGAGGCACAAGGCCUUCUCCACCUGUGGCUCACAUCUGACUGUGGUUACUGUAUAUUAUGUUCCCUGUAUAUUCAUCUAUCUUCGACCUGGCUCCAAAAGCCCCCUGGAUGGUGCAGUUGCUGUGUUUUACACAGUUGUCACUCCACUGCUAAAUCCUCUAAUUUACACACUGAGGAAUAAGGAAGUAAAAUCAGCACUGAGAAAACUAGCAAGGGGUGGAAGUGCUACUAAAUAGAAUA